AUGAGUAUCCUCGCCCUCGUCGAGGACCGGCCCACGCCCCGGGCAGUCUACAACUGGCGAAUCUACUUACUCGCCGCGGUCGCAUCUUGUGCCUCAUGUAUGAUUGGAUACGACAGUGCUUUUAUUGGUCAGACAAUCGAGCUGGACUCGUUCAAAUCGGAAUUUCAUUUCGGUGACUGGUCUGACGCCAAAGUCGACCUGGUGAGCGCCAAUAUCGUCUCUUUGUACCAGGCAGGUGCUUUCUUCGGCGCGCUCUUUGCCUACCCAGCCGGAUAUUUCUGGGGUCGCAAAUGGGGAUUGUUGGCCUCGGCCAUGGUGUUCACGCUUGGCUCCGGGCUGAUGCUUGGAGCUAAUGGUGAGCGGGGCCUCGGGAUCAUGUAUGCUGGCCGUGUUCUGGCCGGAAUCGGGGUAGGCGCUGGAUCCAAUUUGACCCCGAUUUAUAUCUCUGAGUUGGCACCACCCGCCAUUCGAGGUCGCCUCGUCGGUGUGUAUGAAUUGGGCUGGCAGGUUGGCGGCCUGGUCGGGUUUUGGAUUAAUUACGGAGUAUCCGAGACCAUGCCGGCGAGCCAUAGGCAGUGGAUUAUACCAUUUGCUAUUCAGCUCAUCCCAGGAGGUCUGCUUCUAGGUGGUGCUCUCUUGAUCAAAGAGUCGCCUCGGUGGCUGUUCUUUCGUGGGCGGCGUGAGGAAGCUAUUCAGAACCUCUGCUGGGUGCGACAGCUUGACGAAAACGAUAUAUAUAUGGUUGAGGAGAUUGGUGCCAUCGACCAAGCCCUGGAGGAACAAAAGGGAACGAUCGGAAUCGGCUUCUGGAAACCCUUCCAGGCAGCCGCCACCAAUCGCAGGGUGCUCUGGCGCUUGUUCCUCGGCUCCUCCCUUUUCUUCUGGCAAAAUGGAUCUGGAAUCAAUGCCAUCAACUACUACUCCCCUGGCAUAUUCUCCUCGAUCGGAAUCACGGGGUCGACCAAUCAGCUUACAACGGGCAUAUUUGGCGUAGUCAAGACGGUGAUGACCAUCGUCUGGCUCUUGUACCUGAUCGAUUACCUCGGCCGACGAUUACUAUUGAUCAUCGGCGCUCUUUCCGGGUCGGUUUGCUUGUGGAUCAUCGGCGCUUACAUUAAGGUGGUGGACCCAGAGAACAACCCGACACCUCAUCUUACUAGCCCCGGCAUCGCGGCUGUAUUUUUCUUCUACCUGUACACGGCAUGCUAUACCCCUUCAUGGAACGGAACCCCUUGGGUUAUGAAUGCAGAAAUGUUCGACCCCAACAUGCGAUCGCUGGCACAGGCGUGUGCAUCAGCCAGCAAUUGGCUGUGGAACUUUUUGAUCUCUCGGUUCACUCCCCAGAUGCUGUCCAAGAUGGGUUAUGGCACGUACUUUUUCUUUGCGAGCCUAAUGGUUUUGGCCACCAUCUAUGUUUUCUUCUUGAUCCCAGAGACCAAGGGUGUGCCGCUGGAGGUGAUGGACCGCCUCUUUGAAGUCCAGCCAGUGUGGCAGGCCCACAGCCGGAUCAUGACGCAGUUACAUGAUGACGAAGAUCAGUUCCGACACGAACUGCAAAAGAAUAUCGCGGAAGAGAAAGGCUCGCCAGAAGAAUUCAUCGAAAAAGCGGAUGACUGA